UUGGUACCGGGGAUUGAACUCGGGUCCUUGCGCUUGCAAGGCAGGCGGUGGAACCAUUGAGCUAAAUCCCUGGCCUGACUAGGGUCAUUUUUAAGUUACAGUAUUUUGUUACGGAUUUUCCAGGUGGAGAAUUUGAAUUCGAUCAUCAGUACUGUGUCUCACACAUGUUAAGCAAGUGUUCUGUGGUUGAGCUCUAUCAUCCUCAGCCCCUUUUAAAUUUUUUAAAAUUUUAUUUAUUGUUUUGGUACUGGGGAUCAAAUGCAGGACCUUAUGCUUGCAAGGCAGGCGUGGUACUACUUAGUUAAAUCCCUGGCCUUUUAUUUUGUUUUUUGGUUUCUUUGGUACCAGGGAUCAAACUCAAGACCCUGCGCUUGCAAGGCAGGCAGCGGAACCACUGAGUCAAACCCCCGGCCCUUUAUUUUGUUUUUUAGACAGUGUCUGGCUAAGAUGCCUAGUCUGUCCUUGAACAUACCAUCUUUCUGCCUCAGUCCUCCUAAGUAGCUGGUAGUACAGAUGUCUGCCAGCACCUCUGGCUUCACUAUUCACUUAUAUCCUGAAAACUAUCAAUAUAUUUUAGGAAUUCAGUACAGGAAAGUUGUAAUGAUUUAGGGUAACAUUUAUUUGUGAGAAAAUUCUAGAGGUGGUUGUUUCUGGUUGAUUAGAAUAUUUCAGUGAAAAAUCUAGGUAGAUGCAAAAUAAGUGCAAUGUAGUGAUUUCACAUUGAAACAUCCCGGCUGAAGAGACUUGCUUCUAAAAUUGUUCCAAUUAAAGACUAACAGGCUUUUUCAUUAACAAACCAACCAAGGAUUCCAGUGGGAUGACACUAGUGAUGCUUGCUGCAGCGGGAGGGCAGGAUGACCUCCUGCGACUCCUCAUCACCAAAGGCGCAAAAGUGAACGGGCAGCAAAAGAAUGGGACUACAGCCCUCAUCCACGCUGCUGAGAAGAACUUUUUAACCACAGUGGCUAUUCUCUUGGAAGCGGGAGCUUUUGUGAAUGUCCAGCAGAGCAAUGGUGAGACUGCGCUGAUGAAGGCCUGUAAAAGAGGAAAUUCGGACAUUGUUCGGCUUGUAAUCGAAUAUGGAGCUGAUUGUAACAUUUUGUCAAAGCACCAGAAUAGCGCACUGCAUUUUGCAAAGCAGUGUAACAAUGUGCUAGUAUAUGACUUGCUGAAGAGCCACUUGGAGACGCUUUCGAGAGUGGCUGAAGAGACAAUCCGAGAUUACUUUGAAGCUCGCCUUGUUCUGCUGGAACCUGUUUUCCCAAUAGCAUGUCAUCGACUCUGUGAGGGGCCAGAUUUCUCAACAGAUUUCAGUUACAAACUUCCACAGAACAUGCCAGAAGGUUCUGGGAUCCUGCUCUUUAUUUUCCAUGCAAAUUUUUUUGGUAAAGAAGUUAUUGCUCGGCUCUGUGGACCAUGCAGUGUACUAGCCGUAGUUUUAAAUGAUAAAUUUCAACUUCCUGUUUUUCUGGAUAGUCAUUUUGUUUACUCUUUCAGUCCCGUUCCAGGCCCUAAUAAGCUCUUCAUAAGGUUGACAGAAGCACCUGCUGCCAAGGUGAAGUCCUUCAUGCUGUUAUUACUCAAAUUGCUGUUGCAGAUUACUUUGUCAUGAUAAGAACAAAAAUUCUGGAAUGUCCCUAGUGUUUUUUGUUCUCUGGAAAUAAUACUGUGCCUGUACUAGAGACGAGGGUUCAUUCCCUGGGUAGCAAUGCGGGGUGCUCACAACAACAUGGUAGGAAUAGGUUGAAGGAGAACCUAAGAACAUGCACGUUCAGCAGUCCAGGGCCUGUUCUAGGCUCCAGUAUGGCACUGCCUAGAAUGAAAUAGUCUAAGGAUAGGAUUAUUUAACAUAGUUAACAAAAUCAAGUUAUAAACACUUAGCUAUUAAUGCUAUCUUUUGUAAAUCAGUAACCAGCUUGAAAAUAAUGCUGAACAAGACUUCUGGCUAUGUUUUUUUCUUGUGAGAGAGGGUAAUUCUGGUUCUGUACUGACAUACUUUUUCCCUUCCCUAGGUUAAGUUGCUGAUAGGUGCAUACAGAGUGCAGCUUCAGUGACCAAACAGAAUUGGGAUGGACCUUUCAGACAGAUACUUACAUGAUCUCUUUGAAGCAGUUUGGAAUUCUGGCACACCUAAAACGUUCCAGUGUAGUUUCAUCUGUAAACCUCCUAAGCCUGUCAUGUGUUUUGGUCUGUAAGAUCAAUGUGGUGGCCCUAACAUAUGUAAAAAAAAAUAGAUGAGAUGUAAGUAAUUGUGGCAGUCUUCUGAAAUCUCAGUGUUGUACCAAGACUGCAUAUUUCAUUUUUUCCACAAUGUGGAAUAGUACCAUAGGAAGAUUAUUUAAGAAAAAAAAUUUUUUAAAUAACUUUCAAUUUUCUACUAGUCUUGGUGAAUUUGUGUAAAUAA